AUGGACAGUCCACCUCACGGGUUUCAUUCUGCGACGGGGAGCCCUGGCGGUGGGAGCGGCGGGGGUGGCGGGGGUGGUGGGAGUGGUAAGCCCCCCUCUCUAAGCCCUCGCAUGCAGCAGCCUCCUUCGUCGCAGUUCGCAGCGUUUCCCGGCAGCAGCGCGGGGGGGGGGGCUAGCCCGGCGGGGCGGGUGCAGGGGGGAGUCGCCCGGCGCCCAGCGCAGGGGGGAUCAGGGGAGCGGGGCUGGCGCCGCCGGGACUGGUUAAGGGCGGAAUGGGCAGGGGGGGGCGGAUGGGGCCUUUGGGCGGAGGGGGGCUUGCUGGGGAAGGGCGGGUCCGGGGAGGGGAUGGGGCGCGGGGGAUUUUUCAGGAGCGCGUCUGUGGACGGAGGAAGGGGGGCGGAGGAGGAUGGGGGCACGGAUGGUCCGCUGGUGAGGCGGAGGAGUGGCGGAGGGGGGAGAGACCCGCCUGUCGUUGUCAAGCGGAGCAACGGGGAGGAGGAGGAGGACGUUGAUGGAGAUGGGGAUGGGGACAUUCCGCUGGCCUCCCCUCUCGCCAAAUACCCCCCUGCCAGUCCCCUAAAGGCGCAUGGCCAUCACCAGCCGCUACCCAGCCCAUUAAGCCGCGGCCCUCUGGCUUCUACAUUCAGUGCCAACCCCCCUCGCCCCGGCAGCCCGCUCACACGCGUUCCCCAGCAGCAGCAACAGCAGAGUGAGAGCAGCGGUGGUGGCGGUUUCACGGAUUCCUCUGGAACGGUUGUGAGCCAGAGCCUGCCGCGGAGGCUGGUGAAAUCAGGUUCGGAGCGGGUGGGUGGGGCUCCGGGGUUGGGAGGAGAUGGCAGCUUCAGAAGCAGCAGCAGUGUUGGUGCUGCUGCUGCUGCUGCUGCUGCUGGUGGUGGCAGCGGCCGUGGUUUCAGCAGUGGCGCGGGUAACGAAACCAGCAGCGUCUCGAGCCCAAGGAGGUUUCUAAAGUCAGGUUCGGAGCGAGGCAUGGCCGGACCAGGAUUUCCGUUGUCGUCCGCCCUUCCUGUAGCCCAGGUUCUCGAAGGCCCUCCGUCAGCUGCUGCUGGGUGUGCAGCAGCAGAGGCACAUGUGAGUGUGCCUGAGCAAAGGCUGGGACGGGACAUUCGACACACGCGCAUGCUCGGAAACGGAUCGCUCAAAGAGCAAGGGAGUCGGGGAUGGGUGGAGAGCAGUGGAGGGGGAGGAGGAGGGGCUGGUAUGGGUGCGGGGGGAGCAGGAGGGCAUGGGUCGAGGUUGGGAGGGCCCCCUGGGAUACCCAGGCAGUGGAGCGCUGGGGAACCAGGGGGGAGUGCUGGGGGGGCAAAGGAGUGUGGGGGAAACAGGGGGCUCGAAGCUCCCGCCUCAAGGAUAGCAGCCCUUCAGGUGGGCUGCCAGCAGGCCACAGCAGUUCAGGUGCUUCUCCAGGUGCUGGUGGAGGAGGUCCGGGCGGCGUAG